AUGUCCUUCACCGACUCCAACCAGGCCGACCUGCAGGCGCAGCUCGUGGCGCUGGACAAUGAACUAGAGGAAGGAGACAUCACGCAGAAGGGGUACGAGAAGCGCCGUACGCUUCUGCUGUCGCAGUACAUGAACCCGCGCCCCAUGUCACAGGCCGACACGCUCCAGAAUGACCCUCGUACCAUGUCCUUCCACGAGGGCUCCCGCACCAUGUCUUUCCACGAGGCCGCAUUCCGCAACGACGCCUCACGUACCAACUCUUUCGCCUUCAACCAGGGCCCGCCCCAAAUACAGUAUUCGCCGUCAGAGACUCCGCAACGCGCACAAUCGGCCUACAUGCCUAACAAUGGAGACUUCUACGGCGGUCAGUUGCCGGGACAGAUGGCUCCCCCGAGCCAGGUGGGAAGAUUCCAGGAGAGACAGCUGGGCGUGAGAAAUCCCAUGCAGCGACAGUCGUCAUAUGGGGAGACGAGCUUUGUGCCCCGUCCGCAGACUCCAGAGGCGUACCCGCCGUCUAGAGAGGGGACAAUGCUCAACUCAGAUUUCGCUUUCAAUCCCGCGAAUCAGCAAGUCUACAACGACCAGUCUCCUGGUGGCACAAGCCGGCUGAGCACAAUGCUCGAUUCGCAACAAGGAUACUUUUCGGAUUUCGCGGGACAGCAAGGAUUAGAAGCUCAAAGAGAUAGCUAUGGGGGCCCAAACCGAUAUUCGUCCGGAGAUGCUUUCUCGCCAACUGCAGCUAUACCUCCGCCUAUGUUAGGACAGCACGAGCUACCGCCCUCCAGUAUCAUCGAAUGCCAGUUGCCCCUUGAACCACGUGAGGUUCCCUUCGCGAUCUACGAUCCGCACAAUGGAAACUUGCCAAUGUCCAAGUUUGACAAUAUCGGAGCUGUUUUGCGGCAUCGUGGCCGUGUUAAUGCUAAACAGACUGCGUUUUGGGUGUUGGAUUCUAAAGGCAAGGAGACUGCGCAGAUUACUUGGGAAAAGCUGGCCAGUAAAGCAGAAAAAGUUGCGCAAGUCAUUCGCGACAAGAGCAACCUGUACCGCGGAGAUCGCGUGGCUUUGGUCUAUCGGGACACCGAAAUCAUCGACUUCGCGACUGCGCUGCUUGGAUGCUUCAUUGCCGGAGUAGUGGCCGUACCCAUGAACAGUGUUGAUGAUUACACGAGGCUCAGUCUUCUUUUGACUACUACUCAGGCACAUCUGGCACUGACCACAGAUAAUAACCUGAAGGCUUUCCAAAGAGACAUUAGCAAUUCCCGUCAAAAGUGGCCUGCCGGAGUCGAGUGGUGGAAAACGAACGAGUUCGGUAGCUACCACCCGAAGAAAAAGGACGAGGUUCCCCCCCUCCAGGUUCCAGACCUGGCGUACAUUGAAUUUUCUCGCGCCCCGACGGGAGACCUCCGUGGUGUCGUGUUGAGCCACCGCACGAUCAUGCAUCAAAUGGCCUGCCUUACGGCCAUAACAGCAUCGAUCAACGCUAGUGAGAACAACGACACCUUCAAUCCGAACCUCCGAGACAAGAACGGUCAACUCAUUGCGCCGACCCAAAAGAGCGGGACAGGUGAAGUCGUCCUGAGCUACCUUGACCCCCGCUCUGGACCGGGUUUGAUUUUGGGCGUCUUGUACGCAGUUUACGGAGGCCAUACGACCGUCUCGAUGGAGGCCAAGACCGUGGAAACGCCCGGCCUCUAUGCUCACUUGAUCUCCAAAUACCGGACCACAAUUAUGGUCUCUGACUAUCCUGGGUUGAAGCGUGCGGCAUACAACUAUCAACAAGAUCCUAUGGCUACUAGAAACUUCAAGAAGAAUACGGAGCCCAACUUUUCCUCCGUUAAGAUUUGUCUCAUAGAUACCUUGACAUUGGACUGCGAAUUCCAUGAGGUACUGGCCGACAGAUGGCUACGACCAAUGAGGAAUCCAAGAGCACGAGAAUUGGUAGCGCCAAUGCUUUGCUUACCGGAGCAUGGCGGUAUGAUCAUCUCGGUCAGAGACUGGCUGGGUGGUGAAGAGAGGAUGGGAUGUCCUUUGAGCAUGGAACCCGAGGAGGAGAACCCUGCGGACGAGAAGCAAAACCAAGACAAUACGACCUCGAAUGGUUACAGUAGCUUGAUCGGAGGUGGUGCUGGUACUAGUGGCGCCAACAACAAGAAAUCGAGCAGCAGGAAAAGUCGAAAUGAACUUAGUGAAGUUCUACUUGACAAGGAAGCUCUAAAGACCAAUGAAAUCAUCGUUGUCGCCAUGGGCGAUGAAGCAAGAAGGAGGGGCAAUGAGCCGGGAACUAUCAGAGUCGGCGCGUUUGGGUAUCCUAUCCCGGAUGCCACUCUCGCACUAGUCGACCCUGAAACAAACCUCUUGUGCUCACCAUAUGCGGUUGGUGAGAUUUGGGUAGACUCUCCUUCAUUGUCGGGUGGCUUUUGGGCACUACCCAAGCACACCGAAACCAUUUUCCAUGCACGACCCUACCGAUUUGUCGAGGGCAGUCCUACUCCAGUUCUCGUCGAACCAGAGUUCCUUCGCACCGGUCUUCUCGGUUGCAUAAUUGAGGGGAAAAUCUAUGUGCUGGGUCUGUAUGAAGAUCGCAUCCGGCAAAGGGUGGAGUGGGUUGAACACGGAGUACAAGAGGCUGAGCACCGUUACUUCUUCGUGCAACACCUUGUGGUUAGCAUCAUGAAGACGGUGCCAAAGAUCUAUGAUUGUUCGGCGUUCGAUUCCCACGUCAACAACGAGUAUCUCCCCAUCAUCCUGAUAGAGACUCAAGCGGCUUCAACAGCCCCCACAACGACAGGUGGGCCGCCACGGCAACUCGAUAUUGCCUUUUUGGAUUCGCUUUCCGAACGGGUCAUGGACCUGCUGUACCAGGAGCAUCAUCUGCGAGUUUACUGCGUCAUGAUCACGGCGCCAAAUACGCUCCCAAGAGUAGUCAAGAAUGGCCGAAGGGAAAUUGGCAACAUGCUUUGUCGAAAGGGUUUCGACAAUGGAGAGCUGCCGUGCGUACACGUCAAGUUCGGUGUAGAAAGAGCCGUCCAAAACCUCCCUGUUGGGGAUGAUCCUUCUGGUGGCAUCUGGUCUCCUCUUUCCACCGCUGCGCGUCAAGAAAUUCUCAUGUUGCAAGACAAGCAAUAUUCUGGAGUGGAUUACCGCGAGGUUGUCAUCGAUGACCGGACCUCUACGCCUUUGAAUCAAUUUACCAACAUACACGAUCUUCUGCAAUGGCGCGUUUCGAGACAAGCUGAAGAGCUAUCCUACUGCACGAUCGAUGGCAGGGGCAAAGAAGGCAAGGGAGUCAACUGGCGCAAACUCGACUUGAAGGUGGCUGGAGUUGCCAUGUACCUCAGAAACAAGGUCAAGGUCCAGCCCGGCGACCACCUCGUCCUCAUGUAUACACAUUCGGAAGACUUUGUUUACGCCACCCACGCCUGCUUCUGCCUAGGAGCAAUUGCAAUUCCUAUGCCUAUUCUCGACCAGAACCGCCUCAAUGAGGAUGCACCAGCAUUGUUGCACAUGGUGGCUGACUUCACCAUCAAAGCUAUCUUGGUCAACAACGAGGUUGACCAUGUGCUCAAACAAAAGCCUGUUUCGCAACACCUCAAGCAGACGGCAACGGCGCUCAAGGUGGGCAUGCCCAACGUCUACAAUACUUCAAAGCCACCGAAGCAGACUCAAGGUUGUCGGGAAUUGGGUCUGACAAUCAGACCAGCUUGGGUACAGCCGGGUUAUCCAGUGCUGAUUUGGACGUACUGGACUCCGGAUCAAAGGAGGGUUGCGGUGCAGCUGGGUCAUGACACGUUGAUGGCGCUGUGCAAAGUGCAGAAGGAGACGUGUCAGAUGACGAGUACCAGGCCCGUUCUGGGAUGUGUGAGGAGUACAGUCGGUCUGGGCUUCAUCCACACUUGUUUAAUGGGCAUCUUCUUGGCCGCUCCUACCUACUUAGUUUCCCCCGUCGAUUUCGCGCAGAACCCCAACAUCCUUUUCCAGACACUUUCACGGUACAAGAUCAAAGACACGUACGCGACAAGUCAAAUGUUGGAUUUCGCCAUGGGUCAUCAGGCAGGCAAGGCAAGUGCUUUGCACGAGUUGAAGAACCUGAUGAUUUCCACCGACGGCAGGCCACGUGUCGACGUUUAUCAGAAGGUUCGCCUUCAUUUCGCCGCUGCCGGUCUCGAACGCACUGCCAUCAACACGAUUUACUCGCACGUUCUGAACCCAAUGGUGGCAUCUCGAUCGUACAUGUGCAUUGAGCCCAUCGAGCUCUGGCUCGAUAUGAACGCUUUACGCCGCGGCCUGGUAUUCCCGGUGGAUCCAGAUGAGGAGCCGUUCAGCCUGCUCGUCCAGGACUCGGGAAUGGUGCCCGUGAGCACACAGAUCUCGAUCGUCAACCCUGAGACCAACCGUCUCUGCCUUAACGGAGAGUUUGGAGAGAUCUGGGUGCAAUCAGAGGCCAACGCCUAUAGUUUCUACGGCUCAAAAGACAUGUUCGAUGUGGAGCGCUUCAAUGGCCGGACUGUCGAUGGCGACCCGAAUGUCAGGUACAUGCGCACUGGCGACUUGGGUUUCCUGCAUAACGUCAGCAGGCCCAUUGGUCCCGGUGGCACGCUGGUCGAGAUGCAGUGCCUCUUCGUCCUGGGCAAUGUGGGUGAGACUAUGGAGAUCAAUGGUCUCAGCCAUUUCCCUAUGGAUAUUGAAUAUUCUGUCGAGAGGUGCCAUCGCAACAUUGUGCCCGGAGGCAGCGCCGUAUUCCAAGCCGGUGGUCUCGUCGUUAUUGUCGUCGAAGUCUUCCGCAAAAACUUCUUGGCCAGCGUUGUACCCGUUAUUGUCAACGCGGUGCUUAACGAACACCAUCUCGUUACCGACAUUGUUGCUUUCGUCUCCAAGGGCGACUUCCCCCGCUCGCGCUUGGGCGAGAAGCAGCGCGGCAAGGUCCUCGCUACGUGGGUGACCCGCAAGAUGCGCACAAUCGCACAAUUCAGUAUCCGUGAUCCAGACGGUGCGGACAGCCAACUGACAGAAGUAGCGGAGGAGGGUGGUCACAUUCCGGGCAUGCAGAGCCGACAGAUGAGCAUGAUGGGCCCGCCGCCGGGCACAGCGGGCAACGGGUCGGUCAAGGGCCCCAGCUCGCUGCGCAAGGUAACGAGCGCAUCGGCAUUGCCAGACCCAUCGACCCCAGGUCCGCUCGGCGUGCCGAUGUCAGGUGGCGGAUACCCGGGAAUGGCGCCGCCUACGAGUGCAUCGAGCAGCAGCUUCCAGCUGCCACCGUUGCCGCCAGGCGUCGUCGAGAUGCCGGCACAACCCUACGACAACAGCAUCCCCGAGCUGCCGACGCCAGAGCCAGACGACAUGCUCACACCGACGAACAACUACGUAGGCGGCAACAGCAACCACAUGCUGGGCGCGGGCCUGCUGCCGCACCUGCAGCCAGCCGGACCCGGCACUGGAAUGACGGACUACAGUCCCGUGGACAUGCAAGGCGUGUUUGAUGCGAAUAGCAUGGCCACGUCGGGCAACACGUCUAUCCAGCCGUCACGACGGCCAAGCUACGACAUGGCGGGCCCCGGGGCGGGCGGGCCGCCGCGCACGCCGACGCACUACCCGGGCGUCGAUGAUGAGAGCAGCAGCACCAGCGCUGGUGGUGCGGGUAGCAGCAUCUACACGCAACAGCAGUAUCAGCAGCAACAACAGCACCCACCGGAGCCCAGCUAUGCCAGCAAGCCCUUCCUGCAAGUCGACCAUGUCGAUGACUCCCACGAGCCAUUCGACAUCCAGGUCACAAGCCCCGGGCUGCGCGUUGCGAAUCGCGCGAGCACCGACUCCAGUGUAAUAAGCUGGCCGCAGGAGGCUAUCGACAUGAUGAACCUGAACUCACCGCCGAGGAACCGCGAGGAUUGA